UGGAAAGAAUAUACCUCGCAGUGCAAAGGGAGCCAAGACUUCGGAGGAGGAGCGCGCUGCCCAUGGGUGCCUCCGGCAGUUCGACGAGCGGCGUGUUCCAGCGAAGCGUCCCUACGGCCAGCGGCUCGUUUCCACAGGGCGAAAAGAGAGGGACCACAACGCCUCCCAAGCCCACAGUGUCCAAAGCCGUGAAAGAUUCGGUCCACAAGUCCAUCGCCGCGUCAGGCUCCCUGCUCGGAGCGGGAGCCAAUGGUGUCUGCAACGGAGGGGUCGUAGGCUCUGGCGGCAACGCCAUAUCCUACCAGAGGAGUCAAUGGUCCCGCAACAGUCUCCUUGCGAGAGCUAAGCUGGCCUCAGCUGUGGGCCGGGCUCAGAUGCACUGUCGCCGCUGUGACCACCGUUGGACGGAUGAUGGCGUAGAGGUUUUCUUCGACCUGGGCAGGUUGGGGAUGCCCAAGGUGGUUCGCAAGCAAUGCUUAAAUUGUGGACACCUUGUGGUGCCGUCCUUUUCAUGCCUCGAGUGGGACCGUCUGGCAAACGAGGCGCUGGGCAAGUGGUCCAAGAAGGCACUCGAGGCUCAUUCGAAGCAGAUCCGAACCGGAGCACCGAUACCCAUUCCCGAACACUGUUCCGUACCAGUGCCGGAUCCUAUUACCAAGGGGAAGGUCGUCAUUAACGUGGACGUCGUCAACAACAAUUCUCCACGCUGACAAGACUUAGAGCGCGUCGGGGCGAACUGGUUAGUCGUCGGCAGUGUUCACCGGGCAUGCCUCAUCGAGGAAGGGAGUGAGCAUGGACGUCGGCAGGGGGGUGCAAAAGAGGCACUCGCCCCCUCGAGCCUCAUCAGCACUUGCCCUCACCCAAGACACAACAGUGCUCUCCUCCUCACCCAGUCGCGACGCAAUACAAUUUUGCAGAGCCCCAAAAGAGACGCCUGCUGACGAGCAAUGGGGGUGUCGCGUUCCCUUUGCGUCCGAGCCACUUGUGCGUGCAUCGCGAAUGUUCGACGGUGACAAAGACCCACCGCGGCAAGAAGCUUCCAUCAUCGAUGUUCGGUUACUUAAAGCGGCCCCAGUGCACGAAUUUUAAUGUCAUGCUUGCGAGCGCGCGUCAUACGCCACGAUUUAGUGCUCUAAGAAGGUUAGUUCGGAGCCGUGUCAUCAAAGACCACUAAAAAACGCAGAUCUAUCCUGCUGCCAUUUAUCUUUCUUUUUCGUAUCGUGUGUGAAUCACUCUUUCCGGUUGUUUUAACGCUGUUGGGAAGGGGAGUACCGUGAGGCACGGUGCUGUAAGGACGGCCAUGCGUGGAAAUCACUGCCAAGGUUGUGUUGCCCUGAUAUUGCCCCGUAUUUGAAUUUCAACAGAAAUUUUCUUAUCUAGUUCGCUGUGUGAAAGACCCUACGCUAGCUGUUCUCUUUUUAUAGGACGUUGUUUAUCUGCUGUGCGCACCGCUUAUCUUUUUGACGAACAAAGCGGUAUAUAUUUUUAUUUCCUUUUAGUCGUGCAGAGGACGGCGCCAACUGCAGUGUUCCGUCACGUCGUACACGUACACCUGUAGUCAAUAGCUUGCAGCAUAGGUCAAACUGCUGUAGUUCCGAAGCGCACGGGUCAGUUCUGUUAUAGAGCUUUAGUGAGUGAGUGAUUUUUUGAAACACUCUUGUAUUUCACAAAGUUUACCAAUGUGAAUUUCGCAGUCCCUCGUGUUAUUUUCGCAUCUACAGAUUGCAGUGACAUGUUCUGCUUGCUUAAUUGUAUCAUACCUGUGCGACGUUUUCUGGUCAUUUUCUUUCACAUCGUAACGUAAUUUGGGGUUAUCAUUCACACCUUGUUUCUCUUCAACGUUAGUGGCAUCAAUGACACAUUUUGCUGGAUUUAGCAACAUAUUGCUGCUGUCAUUUUUAAACAGGUCAGCGUUACACGUUUUCACAUACAUGAAAAAAAAUAAAAAAGAGGACACGAAGUUUGUAGAAUGCCUUGAUCGGCACCGGGAUCGGCCACCUUUACUUUGUGGUCAUAUUCAACUGUGCUGUUUAAAUGCAGCUAAAACUGAGAAACACUAUGAUAAGAUAACGCCUAAACGGAACUGAAUAAAAUUCUUUUUAUAUGACUCACAAA